AUGAGGCCAAACGCCCUUUAAAUACUCCCACAUGAGAGUAGGUAGUAUGACCCUUGCUUUUCCUUGCCUGUGCUCUGCUUCUACUUCUGCAAUCAUGAGAAACUCCAAUUCAAUCAUGGUGUUUCUCUUGUUAGCCAUCUUAAGCUUAUGCAAACCAAACUCCUUGGCCUGCAAUGAAAAGGAGAAACAGGCCCUUCUCCGCUUCAAACAAGCUCUCACCGAUCCUGCAAACAGCCUCUCUUCUUGGUCUCUCACUGAAGACUGUUGUGGAUGGGCAGGUGUCCGCUGCAACAACGUGUCUGGUCGCGUAGUUGAGCUCCAUCUCGGUAAUUCAUACGACCCUUAUGCUGUUAAAUUCAAUGGCAGGUCUGCUUUGGGAGGUGAGAUUAGUCCUGCUUUGCUAGAGUUGGAACAUUUGAAUUUCUUGGAUUUGAGCACAAAUGAUUUUGGAGGUGCUCCCAUUCCUAGUUUCCUUGGCUCUAUGAGGAGUCUAAGACAUCUUGACCUCUGGGGUGCUUCAUUUGGUGGCCUAAUACCUCAUCAGCUUGGAAAUCUCUCAAGCCUUCGCCACCUUGACCUAGGAGGAAAUUCUGGGCUUCAUGUUGACAAUUUUAGUUGGAUUUCUCUUCUUUCUUCCUUGGUAUCCUUGGACAUGACUUGGAUUGACCUUCACAGGGAUGCUCAUUGGCUUGAUUCUGUAAGUCUGCUCGCUUCCCUUUCAGAGCUAAUCUUGCCCAAUUGUCAACUUAAUAACAUGAUUUCAUCACUUGGGUUUGUCAAUUUUACAUCUCUCACAGUCCUGUAUCUUCCUUCUAACAACUUCAAUCACAACAUGCCAAGUUGGUUGUUUAAUCUCAGUAGUCUUUCAUCUCUGGACCUGAGUGACAAUUCUCUACAGGGUCAGAUUCCGAGCACCAUAUCAAAUCUUCAGAACAUACACUAUCUAAAUUUAUCAGUCAAUAUGUUAACAGGGCAAAUUCCAGACUCUUCAGGGCAGCUCAAACAUCUAACACUUGUUUCACUUUUUUCUAAUUUCUUAUGUGGCCCUAUUCCUUCACGGUUGGGAAACCUAUCAUCCUUGUCUCGGCUAUAUCUUGAUCAAAAUAAGUUAGAUGGCUCUAUUCCUUCCUCGUUGGGAAACCUAUCAUCCUUGUCUUACUUAUAUCUUUAUAGUAAUAAGUUAAAUGGCACUGUUCCAAGGAAUCUGGGACUUCUUUCAAAUUUGGUGACACUUUACAUCGCAAACAACUCCAUAGAAGGAACAGUGUCGGAAGUACAUUUUGCCAAACUCUCCAAGUUGAAGUACUUAGCCAUGUCUUUUACAUCUGUUGUAUUCAAUGUGAGCCAUAACUGGAUUCCUCCUUUUCAACUUGAAUACUUAGGAAUGGCUUUUUGCAAGAUGGGUCCCAGGUUUCCUCUAUGGCUACAAACACAAAGAUCCCUUCAGAUUUUAGAGUUGUUCGAGGCAGGAAUUGUGGACACAGCUCCAAAGUGGUUCUGGAAGUGGGCUUCACAUAUUCAAAUUAUCAAUCUUGGUUAUAACCAGAUAAGCGGAGAUUUAUCCCAAGUUCUGCUAAAUAGUACUAUCUUCUCUGUAGAUUCUAAUUGCUUCACGGGUCAACUACCACAUUUGUCACCAAAUGUUGUAGCGUUGGAUAUAGGCAAUAAUUCAUUAUCCGGACAGAUUUCCUCUUUCUUGUGCCAAGAGAUGAAUGGAAGAAGCAAACUGGAGAUGCUCUACAUACCAUAUAACGCUUUGUCAGGGGAACUUCCUCAUUGUUUGCUGCACUGGCAAUCUUUGAGUCAUUUAAACUUGGGAAGCAACAAUCUAUCAGGUAAAAUUCCUGAAUUGAUUGGCUCUUUAUUUUCUCUCAAGGCAUUGCAUUUGCACAAUAAUAGCUUUUCAGGAGGUAUACCAUUGUCACUCAGAAACUGCACAUUUUUGGGCCUCAUAGAUUUUGGUGGAAAUAAACUUACCGGAAACAUACCUAGCUGGAUAGGAGAAAGAACACAUCUAAUGGUUCUACGGUUAAGAUCUAAUGAAUUCGUUGGGGAUAUUCCUCCACAGAUAUGCCGACUUUCUUCUCUUAUAGUGUUGGAUCUUGCUGAUAACAGGUUGUCUGGAUUCAUACCAAAGUGCUUGAAAAAUAUCCGUGCAAUGGCUACAGGUCCCAGUCCAAUUGAUGAUAAAUUUAAUGCUUUAACAGAUCAUACAAUUUACACUCCAUACAUAGAGGAUCUUUUGUUGAUCAUUAAAGGCAGGGAAUCAAGAUACGGUAGUAUCCUUCCAUUAGUGAGGAUAGUCGAUCUUUCUAGUAACAAUUUGUCAGGAGCAAUCCCUUCUGAAAUCUCUAGUCUUUUUGGAUUGCAGUCUUUGAACUUCUCUCGAAAUAAUUUAAUGGGAAGGAUACCAGAGAAAAUCGGGGUUAUUGGAUAUUUAGAGUCUCUAGAUCUCUCGAACAACCAUCUUUCGGGUGAAAUUCCUCAAAGCAUCAUUAAUUUGACAUUUCUUAGUCACUUGGACUUGUCAUACAACAAUUUCUCUGGAAGAAUUCCUUCAAGCACACAGCUCCAGAGCUUUGAUGCUCUUGAUUUCAUUGGCAACCCUGAACUUUGUGGAGCUCCUCUCUUGAAAAACUGCACAGAGAAUGAAGAUCCGAAUCCCAGUGAUGAAAAUGGAGACGGCUUCGAAAGAUCAUGGUUUUAUAUUGGUAUGGCAACUGGAUUCAUAGUGAGCUUUUGGGGAGUCUCUGGUGCUCUUCUAUGCAAGAGAGCUUGGAGGCAUGCUUACUUCAAGUUCCUUGACAACAUCAAAGACCGGGUUUAUUUGGCGACAGUGCUAAAAUUGAGCUGGCUUCGCUACCAUUUCAGAAGAUACCGCAUCAGAAUAAAAUGGAAUUCGAUUUUGACAGGUUUGAGAUGUCCAAGGAGCUACAAACAGGAAAGAAUGGAGGAAAGAGGUAGUGGUGAAUCUUAAGAAAAACAUGUCCAGGGUGCAGUACAUACUUCAAUGGCGUGGUGGAAAGAUCUGUACUCAAGUGUAAUGUACUUGGAAUUGCUGUAAUUUAUAAACUUUAUUGAUGUUCUUGUUCAUCAUGAUGUAGUUGCUACUCUUUUAUUUCCUGUUGUAUCCUAAUCACUGCUACUUGGUCAUGGGUUGUUAUAUCAUAAUAAAGUCAACAUGUGGUGUGUUUUAACGUAA